AUGGACCCCUCGCCAGACUUUGUACUCGUCUUCUCGACGGAUCCGAACUACAACUCGCCCGUGCGUGGCCUCAGCAGCGACCAGGACUCAAAGGUCCGCUCGAAGCGCGCCGAUCAGCUGCGGGACGAGUAUGCGAAGCUCGUCGAGGUGCUGGAGGGCGCCGAACUAAAGGUGACUGGCAGGAACGGUGCAGAGGGGACCAACACGGUGCUACUCUUCGUCAAGGCGGGCGAGCAGAGGGUGCGUGAGGAAGUGACCCGCGAACGGAUGUCCGACUGGCUCCACGGCUUGGGCAGCUCGAGGCCGAGUCCGCGCGAGCCGAGCGACUUUGCGGCUGAACCCAUCGAGGAGGCGGAGCGCAUCCGCGUCGUCUACUCGAUUCUCACGGCCGCCUCAAUCCGAUCUUCUGCCUCGACAGGCCCGACAUGCGGUCUCCCCGUCGCGUCGCAGCUCCCGCCAACGCCCGCCAACAAGGUCGAGUUCCCGCACCUCAUCGACAUGUUCCCGCCUCACAACGCCGCGUACAACAAGCUGUGGCUCCGCAGGUGGUCGCACCUCCCCGCCACCCAGUCUGGCAACACUCCCGCGACCAAGAACCCCCUCGAGCUCCUCACGAUCCCGCAGAGCGAGCUCGACGACUUGAAGGCGCACCUCGGUGAAAAGGUCGCGCUCUACUUCGCCUUCCUCUCGUACUACUUCCGCUCGCUCCUGUUCCCCUCCGUCAUCGGACUCUUCUUCUGGCUGCUCGGCCUCUCGUUCCACCCGCUCCUCGGGAUCGGCUUCGUCGGCUGGAGCGUCGUCUUCAUCGAGACCUGGCGCCUUCGCGAAAAGGCCAUCGCCGUCCAGUGGGGCACGUACCGCUACGAGCGCGUCGAGAUCGAGCGCCCGGGCUUCCGCGGCGAGGGCAAGGAGGUCGACCCCGUCAGCGGCAUCACGAGGGAGAAGUGGUCGUUCAGGCGCACCUUGACUCGUAGCCUCGCGAGCUUGCCGGCCUACUUUGCCUUCAUUGGCUUCCUCGGGACCAUCAUCUCGGCCAUCUACGUCGUCGAGACCCUCGUCAGCGAGGUCUACAGCGGGCCCUUCAAGAAGUUCCUGACCCUCAUUCCGACCGUCCUCUUCGUGACCCUCGUGCCCCAAGUCAACGCGCUCUGGAGCUUCACGGCGAGCAAGCUCACGACGUUCGAGAAUCACCCUCGCCAGUCGGAGCACGAGGCGAGCUUGACGAUCAAGACGUUUGCGCUCAACUUUGUCGCGGCGUACGGCAACUUGCUCCUCACGAGCUACGUCUACAUUCCCUUCGGCUCGUUCCUCGUCCCGCACAUCCUCACCCGCCUGCCGUCCCGCCACGCCGCCGCUCUCUCUGCGACCACCUCAAAGACCCUCCAGUCCGGCUCCUUUAGCAUCAACUCCUCCAAGCUGCACACCCAGCUCAUGGCCUACACGCUCACCGGUCAGAUUACCGGCGCCUUCCUCGAAGUCGGCCUCCCUUACCUCCAAGCGAAGCUCAUGCCGGUCGUCCAGGAGAAGCUUCACCACACGGCUGCGGCUGACAAGGCUCGCGAGAAGGCGGGUACGAGCGACCACGAGGAUGAGAAGGACUUCCUUGCACGCAUCAGGCAGGAACAGCUCCUCCCGACGAACGAGAUCUUUGGAGAGUAUCAGGAGAUGGCCCAGCAGUUUGGCUACAUCGUCCUCUUUGCCGUCAUCUGGCCCGUCAGCCCGAUCUGGAGCCUCAUCAACAACUUUUUCGAGAUCCGCUCCGACGCCUUCAAGCUCACUUCGCAAGCCCGCCGCCCGAUCCCGUACAGGACGAGCAGCAUCGGCCCUUGGCUCGACGUUAUCGGCUUCCUCUCGUACCUAGGCGCCUUGACGACUUCCUCGCUCAUCUACCUCUACCAGCCUCGCAAGACCUUCCCCGGCGCGACAGCCGGCUACAUCGCCAACCUCACACACCACAACGUCUCGCUCCCAGCGAACGGUACCGCUGCUUUCUGGACGAGUCGCCUCUCGCACGCCCAGUCUAUUUCCCUUCCGCCUCCCUCCGACGCGCCUCAACUUCUCGGCGCUCUCCCUCCCGCGACCGGCUCGUCCGACACUAUCUCGGCAAUCAAGAACCUCCUCCUCACCGCCGCUGUUAUCGCACUCGCCUCGUCGCACGCCUACCUUAUCAUCCGCGCCUUCACGCGCUGGAUCCUCACUCGCCUCGUCUGGGACGGCUCCAUCGCGCAGCAGUUCGUCAAGAGGCGCGAGUUGGAGCUCAAGCGGUCGUGGCUGGACGAGCAGGGGAUGCGCAUUCCCCCGAAGGAGAUGGCGCGGAGGGCGAUGGGAUGGGUUAGCGAGGACGCGAGGGAGGAGCAGAAGCGCGAGGGACACGAAGGGUUCAAGGUUGAGGAGGUUGGCGCGCCGGCGGACGCGGCGAUGGAUGUCGACACGCUGCCCGAGUUUUGGAAGAGGGAGAACGAGGCGGAACGAAUCGUGCAGGCUAUCGGCAAGACUGACUGA